AUGCCUUCGUCCGCUGCGCAUAAUUUACUUUCCCUUCGAAACUCUAGUCUUGCCUCAGCUCCCCUCAACAUCACUAACCCUGCAUUGAAGGCGCCAGAGGAAAUUACCAAUCUGACAUAUUCGCCUUGGCCGGAGCAACCGUUCGGGAUUACCUUACUUGGUCCUGGUCUGUUAUUCCUGAACGUGUACCUGCUUAUCGGCGCGGGCCGGAAAUUCCAAAGUUCGCCCAUGGUUAGUGUGACUGAGUUACGGCACUUCCUCCAAGAUUUCGUCGACAACAUCAAGCGAGAACAUCCCGUUCCUGGCUGCGUGCCACGCCAUGCGACUCAAUCUACCAUCGACAUCUCGUCAUACACAAAAUGGCUCAUCGCGAUCAACGAAGGCCCAUUUCGUGGCAGGCUGCCUACCGCGGUGGCGUUGGUUGCCUUUGAUGCGCUGGGGAAGCUGCUGGGACGGUAUGGGCCGUCUGAGAUCAGUUGGGGUAUCAAAGAAGUGGGUACAAGGACCCCGUGGGCCUAUGGAUCUUUGACUAUUGAAAGCAUCGAGGGAUUCACUGUGAACAAGUCUUCGUCAAUCGAGAAUGGCGGAUUUCGGACAGCACACCCUUAUUGGUACCGAAAGCUUGCCAAGCUGCCUCGCGACGCACAGAAGCCUAGUUUCAGAUUGUUGGAGACUUGCCUCCUUACUGAAGACAACAAAAAGAGCUCAACCGACGAGGAGAUCCGAAUAAUCCUCGCACGGUGGAAGGGCUUUAGUCUUCUCCGUGGACUCUACGUUGAUGACAAAGUAUCCGAAGAAUUUGACCGCUUCCGCGCAGCUUUCGCUUCAGGCCUGACUCGAGAAAAAGGGGUCACUAUUGUGCCGCCCAGCCUUGAUGAUGCCAGCAUCAAGACGAGCCAUGUCAACAGAGUUCAAUUCAUCCAAAAUAGCCGAUUUGUUGGCGACUUCAAGGCUAUGUUUCACAGAAUUAAAACAGGCCACAUAGAGAAUCGCUCCUGGGCUGGAGGAGAACCGAAUGAGGGCAUGUAUGCACGACGACACAACAUGUUCAAGCGUGGUGCUCACAAUGAGCUUGGAUUUGACUGGACUUUCGAUUUCGAGCGGUCCGCCAUGGUGAAGGCAUUGUGUACGACCUCCCAGGACAGAUUGAUGAAUGCAGAGGACACAUAUUGGUGGGAUCACGUUCGACUUCGUCUCGGCUCGCCUUUUGUGGAGGAUGCCAUUCACGAAUAUUGGGAUGAGAUCCACGAGAUGCGUAAAGAGAGGGUAAAAGAGGAGAGGAGGACUGCGGAGAGGACCAAGAUGAAGGGAGACAGGAUGGAGGAAUGA